UUAUCAUUUAUCUACCCGUUAAACAUGGACAAACUUCAAUUAUUUAUACCCCUCGUGUUUCAAGGGGUCCAUGCACAAUAUCUUCUUCGUCUUCCUCAUACUUUUCUUCACUAAACCAUAAGCUAAUUUCCUCAACAAUGGCGGAUUUUCGAGUGUUAGUAAUGUUAAUACUAAGUGUUGUUUCUGUGUGUGUGGAGUCAAAGUACAUGGUGUAUGAGACUGCACGAGGAGUUGUGAAAGAUAAGGUUAAUGUUCAUCUUGUAGCACAUACACAUGAUGAUGUCGGUUGGUUGAAAACCGUUGAUCAGUACUAUGUUGGGUCCAAUAACUCCAUUCAGGGAGCCUGUGUUCGAAACGUGCUUGAUUCGGUGGUUCAAGCGCUGUUGGCGGAUAAGAAUCGGAAGUUUAUUUAUGUUGAACAGGCGUUUUUCCAACGAUGGUGGAAUGAUCAGAGUGAGAAAACCCAAGCUAUAGUCAAGCGGCUUGUUAGCUCGGGUCAACUUGAGAUGAUAAAUGGAGGGUGGUGCAUGCAUGAUGAAGCAGCACCACAUUAUAUUGAUAUGAUUGAUCAAACAACAUAUGGGCAUAAGUUUAUAAAGGAACAGUUUAACGUAACACCGAGAAUCGGUUGGCAAAUAGACCCGUUCGGUCAUUCAGCCGUGCAGGCUUAUCUGUUAGGGGCAGAGGUUGGAUUUGAUUCUCUUUUUUUCGGCCGGAUUGAUUACCAAGAUAGAGCUAAGCGAAAAGCGGAUAAACAUCUUGAAGUCAUCUGGCGGGCCUCCAAGACGCUCGGUUCAUCUUCGCAGAUUUUUGCAGGUGCUUUCCCGGAGAAUGUUUAUGAACCUCCAACUAGUGAAUUCUACUUUGAAGUCAACGCUGAUUCCCCGAUCGUGCAGGAUAACGUCAACUUGUUUGACUACAACGUCGAAGAACGAGUCAAUGCUUUCGUGGCUGCAGCAUUGUCACAGGCGAACUUUACUCGCACAAAUCAUGUUAUGUGGACGAUGGGGACGGAUUUCAAAUACCAGUAUGCGGAGUCGUGGUUUCGGAAUAUGGACAAGUUUAUUCAUUAUGUCAAUAAAGAUGGUCGGGUCAACGCUCUCUAUUCAACACCGUCUAUAUACACCGAUGCUAAAUAUGCUGAGACGAACACAUGGCCUUUAAAAGAAGACGACUAUUUUCCAUAUGCAAGCGACAUAAACGCCUACUGGACAGGAUACUUCACUAGUAGACCGGCUCUCAAGGGAUACGUCAGAAUGUUGAGCGGCUAUUAUCUGGCUGCAAGACAAUUGGAAGCAAUGAAGGGAAGGAAUAAAAGCGGGCCCACUACAGACUAUUUGGCUGAUGCUUUAGGGACUGCUCAGCAUCAUGACGCCGUUAGUGGUACAUCUCAACAACAUGUGGCUAAUGAUUAUGCAAAACGGCUCGCGAUAGGUCACAAGGAGGCUGAAAAGGUGGUUGCCGAAUCGAUAGCUUGCAUGCUAUCACCGAAACCUGGAUGCGCAAGUUUAGCAACCAAUAUUCAACAGUGUCCGCUUCUGAACAUAACCAAUUGUCCUCCAACCGAAGCUGAUCUAUCAUCUGGCAAGAAGUUGGUUGUUGUCGUCUAUAAUUCACUGGGGUGGAAGAGAUCGGAUGUUAUAAGACUUCCGGUUGCGAGUGAGAAUCUUGCGGUCUAUGACUCCAAUGAGAAAGAAAUCGAAUCUCAAAUUUUCCCUAUAAUAAACGAAUCUAUAUCCAUAAGAAACUACUACACCGCUGCAUAUACGGGUAAACCACCAACUUCUACACCCAAAUAUUGGCUUGCGUUUACAGCGUCUGUUCCGCCUUUGGGUUUUAGCACAUACACCAUUUCGAGUACCAAAAAACCAGCUUCAACUCCUGUUAAAGAAGAGUUCUACACGCAUACGGGAGCGCAAAAAGAUGAUAUAGAAAUAGGAACAGGAAACUUGAAGUUAAUAUAUUCCGGAAGUGACGGAAAGCUUUCUCAUUAUGUUAAUAGUCGAAGCGCAAUUGAUGCCUCUUUGAAGCAAUCGUAUAGCUUUUAUGCUGGAUUUGAUGGAACGACGGGGCUACAGGCAUCUGGAGCAUAUAUUUUCCGUCCAAAUGGUACAUAUCCUAUCGGCUCACAGAAGCAGAAUGUAACAGUUUUGAGGGGGCCAAUCUAUGAUGAAGUACACCAGAAAAUAAAAAGCUGGAUUUACCAGAUCACUAGAGUGUACAAAAAUAAGGAACAUGCUGAAGUCGAAUUCACUGUGGGUCCCAUACCUAUUGGUGAUGGAGUUGGGAAAGAGAUUGCGACCAAGAUCUCAACCACCAUAAAGAGUAACGAAACAUUUUACACUGAUUCUAACGGUCGAGAUUUCAUUGAACGGAUUCGAGACUAUAGAGCAGACUGGGAUCUUGAAGUGAAUCAACCUAUUGCAGGAAACUAUUAUCCCAUCAAUCUUGGAAUUUACCUAAAAGAUGAAAAAAGUGAGCUCUCGGUUUUGGUAGAUAGAUCCGUAGGUGGAUCAAGCAUUGUUGACGGUGAAUUGGAGUUGAUGCUUCAUAGGAGAUUGCUCUACGAUGAUGGAAAAGGUGUCGCGGAAGCUAUAAACGAAACAGUUUGUGUCGGUAACGACUGUCGAGGAUUAGCGGUUCAAGGGAAAUACUAUCUUAGAAUGGACCCACUUGGAGAGGGCGCCAAGUGGCGACGAUCAUACGGUCAGGAGAUCUAUUCACCACUUCUUUUGGCGUUCACGGAACAGGAUGAAAAUAAACGGACAAACUUCCAAGUGUCGAAAUUUUCAGGAAUGGAUUCCACGUAUAGUCUUCCGGAUAAUGUAGCAUUGUUAACGCUUCAAGAGCUAGAAGACGGAAAAGUUCUUCUCCGUUUGGCACACUUAUACGAGAGCGGCGAGGAUAAGGAUCUUUCAGUUAUGACAAGCGUCGAGUUAAAAAAACUAUUUGCUAAACGGAAGAUAACCAACGUGUCGGAAAUGAGUUUAUCGGCUAAUCAAGGAAGAGCGGAAAUGGAAAAGAAAAGGCUAGUGUGGAAAGUAGAAGGGUCCAAAAAUGAUGAUGAACCUGCAGGCCAGAGGGGUGGACCUGUUGACCCUCAAAAGCUUGUUGUUGAACUGGCCCCUAUGGAAAUACGAACCUUCAUCGUGACGGUUGGCAAGACGCUUUCUCGAAGAUUAGUCAGCUCUGAUCUUUCCAGAUAGGCUGCAAUGUGCAUCUACUGUUGAUCUAGUUAAAUGCAACCAUCUAUUAGAGAUUUUAGUUUUUUUUUUUUUUUUUUUUUUUUUUUUUUUUUUUUUUUUUGUGUGUGUGUGUUCCUUGAUUAGUUAUCCUUUGAUAUUGUUUUGCACUCUUAAAAGUAUUGGUUUUUUCUCAUUACUUUUUUUUUAA